AUGAUAGAACGAGGAUUGAUCCCCCCAACAGCAAAGAUUACCUUCAAGAAUCCACCCAUUAGGCCCAAAGCAGCUCCUCUGCACAGUUUUGAUGAAUCGCAUAAGAUUCCAAUCUCCGCCCCCUUCCAUGAACCUCAGAAACCACCGCUGGCUCCAGCAGAAGUAGAGGUGUCUCACAAGAAACAAAAAUUAAAGGCGAAAGGCAGAAGGUCAAAAGGACAUCUUGAUAAGAAGGGCAUGAAAGUCACCCCACCUUCUAAAGGUCAGAAAUUACCAUGGGAUUAUGACCUUUGUAUUUAUGAUGGCUUCAUAGACAAGACAGCCCCAGACUUCAUAGCAUUCAAAGAGCAUUUUAACUUAGCUUGGGGGAGUAUUUUUUCUCUCUUGGAACAUAUCGAGAAGUUUCUCAGGGACUAUGCAAUACCAGAAGUCAAAAUCAAAGGGAAGAACUUGCUGGCCCUCCUUCCAGAGUUUGAGCUGAAUAAUAAACUUACCCGAUACAACCUGCUCUCACUGCUGGAGAACCCAGUUCACGUCCAAAUGCUGUUAAAUCGCCCAGGACAGAGGUUCAAGGGCCAAGGUGGGAAGGCAGAAGCUGCCGUCAAGAUCCAAGCUACAUGGAAAUGCUACAAAGCAAGAAAAUACUUCCUUGUUUACCGUCAGCAGAAGUGGGCGUCGGGUGUGAUCGCCCUUGCUUGGCUUUUACGUUGCCAUAAGACCCGAGURAAGAAGAUCCUGAAGGAAUCGCGGCAGAGACACCUGGAGAAUUUCCGAAUGCGAGCCAAGCAUCUGGCAGCCAACUGGAAUCGCAUCAGGACCUCCAGGAGGACGAUUAUCCAUAUCCCAUCAUUAGGGUAUUCCCAGCAGGCGCGAGAAGGUGUCACCGACCUCAACAUACAGCAGAACAGGCAACUGGGGCGGCUGUGUGACAUCAUAGAUGUCAAUGUGAAUGUCAUCUACAUCUGCUCCCAUCAUAUGAACGACGAGUUAGUGCUGUAUUACAAUAAAAUCCUGAGUCUACAUGCAGCUGUCAAAUCAGGGAACCUUGAGGACAGAAGUGACCUGCAGGACAGGUUCAAAAUUAUCACCCCUGAAGCUGUAAACUUCUUCCCUAUGAUAGAACAGCUGAGCCAGCUGGUGACGGAUCACCUGAAAAUUCAACGCUGGCUCUUUAAAAUGGACUCAGAGUUUGGAGGAAAUGGGAUGGCAUUUUGUGACAUUCCUUCCCAUCUAAAUUGCUACAAGUGGGUGUUAAAGGAGAGUGACAGAUACAGCUCUGAAGACUGGAACAAGAAGUGGGCACAGGAGCCAGCUUUGGUGAAGAUCUCUGAGGAGCUGGCGGGCAUUUUAGCACAGCACGCACAGCCAGUCAAUGAGAAACGGUUCCCGACGUGGAGGAAAUUCCUCCAAACAUUUCUCAGUCAAGGCGGUGUGAUCGAGGCCUUCCCACCUGCAGAUAGCAUCACCAACCUGACUGUGGACAUGCUGAUAGAGCCCAAUGGAGAAAUUAGGUUGCUGUCAACGGGAGACCAGCUCCAUGCCGAAAGCCCCUUCAUCUCCUCUGGGACUACCAUGCCUCAGACCUCUGUGGAUCCCCAAGUUCUCAGUUCUUUGUGUCUCCAAAUUGGAGAGGCCUGCAAGACKCGAAAUGUGAUUGGUCACUUUUCUGUAGAUCUGGUGACUUUUAUUGAUCCAACCACCUUGGAACAACAGGUAUGGGCAACGGACCUCAACAUCUCGUAUAGUGACCAGCUGGCCCUGACUCAGCUCACCCUGUAUCUGACGAAUGGCCAUCUGGAUUGCAGUUUGAGCAUCCUUAAAGUGCCCCCCUCCGAACCAAGGAAAGAAAGGAGAUUGAGGCCCUGUGGCUCCCUGACAGAGCCGAACAAUCGGUGUGGAUCUCCAGGGGGUCCUCAUGACCUUUGCUCGCAAUCUCUUCAUCAUCCAUCAAGAAAUAUCAACACCUAA